AUGGAUAUUCGGAUUCAUGAUUCGUCAUGUACGACAAUUGAUAGCACUCCCUCAAUCUCAGUCGCUGCACCUUCAAUGGAUUCGGACAAUGGCUUCCUAGAAUUCGCCAUUCUACCUACAAGAAAAACUUCGAAAGCAUCGUUUGUCAGAAUCGGCGCCGUGGCGGGAGGGCUGGCGGGUGGGUUCACGAACGCGACGCUGCAUCCGCUGGACACGGUGAAGACGAAGCUGCAGACCAAAGGCUCCUCGCUCGUGUACUCGGGCCCAAUAGACGUCAUCCGCAAGGUAUCAGCCGCACAGGGCAUCGGGGGCUUUUACCGCGGGCUGCCAGCGGCGUUCCUGGGGUCCGUGCUCUCCUCCUCCAUCUACUUCGGCACCUACGAGCUCGCCAAGGGGGGCCUCUCAAAGGACAUGGUGCUCCCGCUGCCCUUCUCAGCGCUCAGACGCCCACGGUCCAGCAGCAGCGGAGGGAGAAGCGGGGCCAGCGAGCAAGAUAGAAGCGGAGGGGGUAGUGGUAGUGGUGGUGGUGGUGGUGGUGGUGGUGGUGGUGGUGGUGGUGGUGGUGGGGAGACGAGCAGCAGGAAUGGUGGUGGUGGUGGGGUUAGCUCUGUGUCAUCAUCAGCGUCAUCAGCGUCAUCAGUGUCAUCGCCAUCAGGGGUGGUGCUGUCGUGCCCGGUGGCGCUGGUGCCUCCUGUGGCGGCAGCGCUGGGGAACAUCGCGAGCUCCGCCAUCCUCGUGCCCAAGGAAGUCAUCAAGCAGCGCAUGCAGGCGGGAGCAGCAGGGUCGGCGUGGCAGGUGCUGCAGCAGGCAGUGGCGGGGGAGGGGGUGGCAGGGCUUUACAGCGAAUACACCGCUGCCCUCCAUUCCCUCGUUCCAUUCCAUUCUUCCUGUGUCCCCUUCCCUUGUCGUCUCCAGGCAGGAGCAGCAGGGUCGGCAUGGCAGGUGCUGCAGCAGGCAGUGGCGGGGGAGGGAGUAGCGGGGCUGUACAGCGGAUACACCGCUGCCCUCCUGCGCAACCUGCCCACCAACGUCCUCAACUUCUCCACCUUCGAGUAUCUGAAGAUGGCGAUACUCCAUGUGAGGCAUGCCACUGCUCUGCGACCACAUGAGAGCAUGGCAGCGGGGGCAGUGGCAGGGGCACUCUCAGCCGCACUCACCACGCCUCUGGACGUGGUCAAGACUCGCCUCAUGACUCAGGCUCGGGUGGCCGUGGCAGCGGCUGGCACCACCGGGGCAAAGGCAGAGGCAGCAGCUAAGGCUCAGGCAGCAGCUGCAUACACAUACAAAGGAGUGGUGUCGACACUGAGGCGAGUGUGCGAGGAGGAAGUCGCCGCGCUUCUCGUCAGCGAGGGAUUUGGCGGCUCGUCUCGUCAGUAUGUGUCGGCCGCCACACCGACUAAGGAGCAGAUAAAAGCGGAAGUUAAGAAGAUGGCGGAUCACGUCAACGCGCACUAUCCGAAUUACGUCAAGUUCGCGAACGCCGUGAAAGCCGCUAUGUCUCUCAACUACGACAUAUCCGCGUUGAAGAAUGCGACGAUACUGAUGCCCGAUAACAAUGCGUGGUCGAACUUCACGAAGCUGGUCCCUCCGUCCUCGAAGAAUCUGCCAAAGAUGUACAACGUUACGGCGUACCACGUGCUUAUACCGAGGAUGAUGCUAGCGUAUAUUAGGCAGCAGAAGCCGAGAGCGUUCCCGACGAUGCUGAAGCAGCCUCAAUAUAAGCAGACCCCGCUAAAUGCGGUGAACGCAUCGUUUGGGCUUUUGAAUUCCCCCAGGCCCAAAUGGUGCACAAUAACGACGGCUAGAAUUUAUCAGGGCCCUUAUUUCAUCGCGCAUGGCGUGGAUAAUCUCGUGAUUCCCAAGGGUACUACUGUUCCAUAG